AAUAUUCUGCUGCGGGUCCAAGUCCAGAUGGUGUUCCCUUCAGAACUCCAGCGAUGGUGACUGACUUAUUCAUGUUCAGUCGGCAUCAGCGUCUUUGUUUGGAUGUUUGGUGCUUCUCCUCAUGAAUUCAGUAACCAGCCCGCUUCUUAUAAGAGCACGGACCCGGCUCGACCGGGCUAUGUGAAGCCAUUGGCACCGCUGAAGAGCCUGAAUUAGCCACGUGCAGCCAUGUUUUCAGUGUUCGUCCUGCUGCCCCUCAUCUGUCUGGGCGUGUCCUCGCAGCCGCUCCCUGAAGGUCAGCGGCUUUUCACCAUCGCUGUGAGCCGAGCGCAACACCUCCACCAGCUGGCCCAGAACCUCUUCUCGGCUUUUGAGAGCUCUCUUCAGAUGGAAGAACAGCGUCAGCUCAGCAAAAUCUUCCCGCAAGACUUCUGCAACUCAGACUACUUCAUCAGCCCCACCGACAAACAUGAAGCACAACGCAGCCCUGUCCUGAAGCUGCUGUCGGUUUCCUAUCAGCUGGUGGAGUCAUGGGAGUUCCCCAGUCGCUCCCUGACUCCAGCUGUGGCCCUGAGAAUCCAGCUCUCACCCAAGCUGUCAGAGCUGAAGACAGGAAUCCACAUGUUGAUCCGGUCCAAUCAGGAAGAUGCAGACAGUUUUGGGGAGACCUCACUUCCACACCUGGCCCCUUAUGUGAACUAUUACCAAAAUCUGGGCCAUGAAGAGUCGCUGAGGAGGACGUACAAGCUGCUGGCCUGCUUCAAAAAGGACAUGCACAAGGUGGAGACCUACCUGAACAUGAGCAAAUGUCGACUUUAUCUGGAGGCCAACUGCACGUUGUAGCCCUGCCCACUCACCUGGCUGUGUGGCGCAUUCAGCCUUACUUUCUUCAUUGAAGAUUUCAUUUCAACCGAAUAAACCUUUGAG